AUGUCUGUUCUUGCAUUCAAGGCGCUAGACUACGGCGCAGACAAACUCCCGGACAGGAUCUUCGAAGCGAUCCCGGGCGGCUUCUUUACACCGGAUCACAAAAGACACCCAAAGUCCAAGACCAAGCGACGCCCUUUACUCGAUUCACGAGGCAAGAGCGAGCAGAGGAACGACCGCGGCAGACGCCGGUCGCAGCGCGAGCGGACCCCACCGAGCGAACACUUGGGCUACAGCAGCUACGACGACAGUGACUACGAGCGCGAUCAGCGCCGCCAGGGUCGACGUCGCCGCGUGAAGAGCCUCGGGCGCAGCCCCAGUCGAAGCCUGAGCCGCAGCUCGAGUCGCGGAAGGCACCACCACCAGCGCAGCAGCGGGUUUGACGGCGAAGGCGACGAGCGCGCCCAGAUGGACCGCGAGCGCGCAGACCGUGGGCCUCAAUUUCCUCCCCCUCCUACUUCUGAGUACAGGCAAUACAACCCGCAAGGGUACGCAUCGCCGCCGCCGCCAGCCACGGGUGGACAAUAUGACCCAUACCGCCCGGCGCAGUCGGCAAGGCAAGACCAGGGAUACCCCCCUCAGGUAAAUACCACCACCUCUCGUAGUCGAAGCGCGACACUUCCGGCAGGCCGCCCUGCGCCGACGCCGCUGCAAAUACUGCGGUCGAAGCUCAUGAGCAGGUCGCCGUCGAACAUGUCAACUCCCCUUCUUCCUGUUUCUCCACUUCAUACUCCUCCCACCAUGGAGUCGCUACGCAUCGGCACUCCGCUUGGUGCUUCAUUUUUACCCUCCUACGAGCCGCCUCUUGCGGCUCUGCUCAGCCGUCCAGCUACUAACUCACCUCAGCCAACGUCUCAUACAGCUGCGCGAUACACACCAGGUGCUGGAUACGCUCCAUCGCCUGUGAAUGUGAACUCGCCUAUACCUCCACCACCCAACAAUGGGUAUGCGCCAUACAAUCCCGCCGAUUACGCCUCCUCAAACGCGGGCUAUCCUACUGCGGGCAAUACCUAUCCGUCUCCACCGCCGUUCUAUCGACAAUCGUCGCGUUCGCAGCCCUCGCUAGCCCAGUACCCAUACCCAGACAGCCAGGUCGCUGCGUACGACUCGCCUCCGGACCGCCAUGGCAGUUCCUCGUCCUCGCGCCGUCACCGCCAUCAGGAUGACAGGCGGCACAGGGCAAGGUCUGCUGGUCAGCAUGGUCGCUCUCGUAGCCGAGUCACUGACAAGUUCCGUGACAGGUUUGAGAGUAUGGACCUUCAUGACAAAAACUUGGCGGCUUCGGUGGGAGGAGCAGGUAUCGGUGCGUUCGGCGGCAGAGAACUGGAGAAGAGGCACGACAAGUAA